AAUCAGUUUGAUUCUUGGUGCUGAGCGCGUUGGUAGCGAGCUGGUGGAACGACGGUCGGUUGUGCGUUUAAACUUUGCUCAUACAUUUCAGUGGUCAUUUGAUGGGGACCGCGCCUAUUUUGGGCAAAUCAAAUACACAAAUGCGUGCGAAUGCACCACGCGAGGCGCAUUAAAAGUGGAAAUCCGCUUGAAGGAAAGUGAAAAGUGUGUGAAAAUGAAUAAAAUUUUUAUGGAAAAAUGUGAUUUUUAACAAAGAAAAUUGUGGAAAAAAAUUGGCAUAAUUUUUUUUUUCUGUUUCCCAGCAUUAGUGAAAAAUGCGGAUGUGUGCGUGUGUGAAAAGCACUGGUGUAUGCAAAUGUAUUGUUUAGAUUAUAUGCGAAUUAGAAACCGGUCAACGCGCCAUACACUGUGAAACCUAAUUACAAUUUUAAUAUGAAAGUAAAAUUUAAAAUAAUUAAAACUCAAAUGAAAAUAAAAAAUAAUAAUUUAAUGGGUAUUAUCUGCUGCCAAGUGUAUCAUAAAACCCUAAAGAGAACAACUAUUACCGAAAUGAAGCAGCACAUUUAAGUGUAAAUACGCAAAAAUUCCAAUAAAACGACAGAAGCGUCAAUAAAAUUCCUAUUUUAUGUCAUAAAUAAAUAAAUCAACAUACCGAAGUGCAUUACAAAUACAAGAAAAAACUCCCAAAAUCAUAGCAGAAAAAAAUAUCCGAACGCAAAUAAACUCUAGAGAAAAGAUUAAGAAGAACUCCAAAAAUGUCUGCUGCCCAGUGCAGCAAACCCAAAGCGGCGCUUAAGCCAAUACAAAGCGCCACAACGCAACACAAUGCGCGUCCACCUGGAGACCUAAAAACAACACUGCCUUCUGCACUACAACUUCAACAUGUCACCCUCAUCACAUUCUUCUCCAUCAUACUCUUAAGUGCAAUGCCAGCGCUUAGCUCGGCACAAUCGGCGCAAGGCAACACACUUGUUGGCAGUCGCGUUGCUAGUGCUAAUGUUGUUGUUAGUGGUGGUGGUCGUGGUGGUGCUGGCGAAAGCAGCGAAAUCGAAUUCGCCAGUCUAGAUGGCGCCGGCACACAAUUACUCACACCCAUACAGUUAGCGCCGAGCACUUUGGCGCCACCGCCAGCACGGCCAUUAGAGGUCGUCGAAGUUGUGGAACCUGCGCCAGCGCAACCAGUGAUGUCAUCAUCAAGUUAUACCGAACUGCCGGGUGGUGAAAUCACAGGCGAACGCACACUGCGUUACAGUGAGAGUCCUUUUGUGGCGCGUAAACACAUUGAAGUAGCCAAAGGUGCACGUCUGAUUAUAGAGCCAGGUGUACGUGUGGAAUUCGCGCCGACUGUGGGCAUAACAGUGCGGGGUAUACUGCAUGCAGUGGGCACGCCAACAUCUCGCAUCAUACUAACGGCCCAAGUAAAACCAGCAGCCACACAAACAGAUAUCGUAGAUGCUGAGGUGCGUGGAGCACGUUUAGUCGAUGGCCCAACGCCAUUGGAAGGUCGACUGCAGCUGUAUCAUAAAGGCUUUUGGCGUGAUGUCUGCACUAAUUCCAGAAAUUGGACACUUACGGACUAUGAGAUUGCCUGCCGUCAAAUGGGCUAUGCAGGUGGACGCUUUUGGAAUUGGGUUGAACGUACGCCGGGGUAUCAUCCACGUUUACUCUAUGAACAGCCACGCUGCAAAGGUGUUGAGAGCUCGUUGUUGAACUGCGCGUGGUCGACGCGUCAACUCGGUUCUGGCGUUUGUGACUACCACAAUGACAUAGGCAUACAAUGUCGGCCGGUGCACGAUACACCUCUCGGUAAUUGGCGUGGGAUCUACUUUAUGAAUGCGCCGUCCACAAAGACACUGGGCUAUGAUAAUAUCGUUUACACAGCGGUGUCGCAGUCGACUCUGCGUUAUGUUGACAUAACUCAUGCCGGUGUGGGGCGGGAGUAUAGCGCCAAGUCUGCGUUGGAGGCGAUUGGUCUACCGCCCGUCAUGCAACAUGUGUUGAUCAGUCAUUCCGCAUAUACCGGAUUCAAUGUAACGUUGCCGCAGAGCGGUUUCGUCCUACAAAAUGUGACCAUACAGAAAAAUAAUGGUAUAGGCGUAUUUGUAAACUCCAGUCAGGGUAUGGUGCAGUUGGAGGGUUGCAAUAUAAUGCAGAAUGUGGCGGAUGGCGUUAAGUAUGUGGGUCACGAUCUGCGCGCCAACGAACGUAUGGAUCGUGCGACUAUUUACGACUUUUGCACGCUACCCACCACCUCGGGACAGACCUAUCCCAUUUCGCUAUCUUUCACACAAAAAUAUUACGCAGGCUCGGAGAAGGUGUGCAGUAAGUACUUUUUCACACGUCCAGGCUACUUGCUAACGGUGUAUUUUGAGUCGUUUGUGCUGCGUAACAAUGGGACGGCCACUGUGGAGAUCUUCGAUGGCACAUCGGACACGGAUCGCAUACUCUUCACUUGGAAGGCGCGCAACUACACGCGUCCGCAAAGUGUGACCAGUAAUCGGGAGAAACUCUUUCUACGCGUACGAGCCGAUGCACGUGAGGAGGUCAACGGCUUCAUGCGGAUAACUUCCGGUGAUACGCGUGCUUACGACUUGCGCGUGGUGAACUCUGUUGUGGAGGAUAACGGCGGGCGCGGAAUAGCGAUUGACAAUAUACGUUCCAAGCUGCAUGUACACGGCAGCUUCGUCUCGGGUAAUGGGCAUGUGUCGGGCGUGCAUGUGACAAGUGGCGCUGGAGAUGUGAACAUCACGAGCAGUAACAUCACCUACAAUCAGGGCGGUGGCGUCAAUAUCACCUACUACGGCGGUAAUCGGAACAUAUCUCGUAGUACGAUCCAAGCCAAUAAGGGUUACGGUGUGGCCGUGUGGUUGAAUGACACCAGCGCACCAGAACGUCAAGAAUAUAUACCCUUCAACCAGACGACAACAGUGGAAUACUCAAAAAUCGGCGGCAACCUGGAAACGGGCAUACUGCAUGGCAACUACUGUCAGCCAAUUUGGGUCAACAUAACGGGGAAUAACUUUAACGGCAGUCUGCGGAAUGAUGUGCACGUGGAAUCUUGCUGGCGCUUCACGGCGAACAAGGAACCGAAUAUGCAGCUGCAAAUCGGGCACAACACCUUCGAUUAUAGUCAGAAGAACUCGAUAUUCCUCAGUCCGGCACUCAAUUUACACGGAAAGAUCGAGUUCAACCACUUCCGGCUCGGCUCAUAUGGCUCGAUCUACAUACGUAACGACUACAUAUUUCAGGAAUUCAACUUUAUGCCCAUUCGUCUUCUGAUACAGAGUAAUUUCUUUCGGCGUAAUAGUGGCGUCUAUGUUGUCUCGUUGGGUCUCUCACCGUAUAGCUCACGCGAGUUGCAGUCACUACUCUUUACGCGUAAUUUCGUGCGCGACAACAAGAUAUCGGAACCUUUUGGACCGCUCAUUGAGGGUAGCGAAGGCAGUGAUGGCUCCGGACGCCUUAAUCCGCGUUGCCGUGUUGCUGCGGCUGUGGUGGUCUCCUCCAGUAAUGUGGAUAUCUUUCGAAAUAUACUACACAACUUGGACUCCGCAUACGAAGUGGGCUCUCAGCUAAGCGAUCAGAGUCAAAUCAUUAAUGCCACCUACAAUUGGUUGGGCCACUCAGAUGAAAAUAAAAUCUUUGCGCGUCUUUUCCAUCGCAAUAAUCGCUAUAACUUGGCUAAAAUUCAGUACUUGCCAUACCUGUUGCACAGCUCGAACCCCGGCUCCACGACUAUGAUCACUAUGUCCACACUCGUUCCACGCUUCUCGCAGGAGGGUUCCGAUCUCAUUGGCGGCGAGAUCGACGGUCAAGAAAUACUCUCGUCCGGCACUUAUCGUGUUACAAACGACAUUAACAUAAGACCCGGCGGCAAGCUAACACUACAACCAGGCGUAACGCUUAAAUUCGAACCCAGUGUCGGCAUGAUGGUUGCUGGCAAGUUGGAGGCACGUGGCCGACGUCCAGAUGAUAUAUUUUUUACGCUAAAGCGUGAAACUGUUAUUGCUAUGGACAACUCCACCGAUGUGGAGCAACUGGAUGUCGAUAUUAUCGACGUCGAGACUGAAUCCAUCAUCGAGAAAAACGAAUCGCCACGUGUACCGGUGCGACUCGUUGGUGGCGCGGGCGAUUACGAAGGCCGCUUACAGGUCUACUUAGAUGGUCGCUGGGGCACAGUCUGCGAUUACGGUUGGACGGUGUUAAAUGCAGCUUUGGUGUGUCAUCAUCUUGGUUACACACUGAACCCACGCGACUGGCGUUUGCAUCGCUCCCAAAUGCCCACUGUGGGUGUCACCGAGGAUGUGAUUGUUUCGAAUGUGCGUUGUACCGAACACGAUCUCGACAUAACGAAGUGCCGCGCCGAGUAUCUGACACGUGGUGAGUUCGAGAACUCGUGCACACACGAAAACGAUGUCGGCAUGCGUUGCUAUGAGGGCGCUUGGGCGGGUGUACGCUUCAGCAUGUUGGCGGAGCGUGCGGAUUUACAGUACCUGACAAUUGAGAAGGCCGGACUCUUUGACUAUACCACCAACAUCUUCAAGCCCGCCAUACAAAUGGACUUUGCGCGUCACAAUCUCGAGAAUGUCCGUGUUGUGGAUAACUUGCAAGACGGUCUCGGUGUCAUAUACGCGGACCUAUAUGGAGGUAAGUCGGUGAACAAUAUAAAGAAUUGUGAAUUCAUAGGGAAUCGUGGCAAUGGAAUCAGCUUGAAGCAGUUGGAUCUGCGCAUACAGGGUUCAAUUAUAAAGAACAAUCGCGAUAGCGGCAUCUCACAUGAUCCCGUGAUCUCAGCGAUCGAGCAAAAUGAGCUCGGCGGCUGGUUUAAAAUGGCUGUGGACUUCAAUUCCUUCGAAGCAGACUACGAUCCAUACUUGCUGCCACGCGAUGAGAGCCAAAUCGACUUGGACGCAUGGCAGAAUAAGUAUAUACGCACCGAGCCGGUACGUGGUGAGUCGGUCAUGCGCAAGAUAGUAGUACGCUGUCCCGCCGGCUAUGUGCUGGGCAUACAACUACUCAAUCCUAUACAAAAUCUCUCCACCGAGCACAUAACCAUACUUGAUUCACAAACGGAGAAUAGACGUUCCUCGUUGUGGGUGCUCAAGCGAGAUCUCAAUGUAUUUCCCACGACCAGUAGCAGUUACGGCAUCAUCAUCUACUACGAGUCUGGCACAAAUGCUUUGGGUGGCACUGUGUUGCGGCUCUCAACCGUCACCGCACCAGUGCAGAAUAUGCGUAAUAAAGUCGUGACUGGACCGGUGCCCACACUCAGUAUACGUUCGACGAAGAUACAGAAGAACUUCCGUGGUAUUGCCGCGUACUACUACAAUCGUUAUGUGGGCGACAAUGGCGAGUACUACUUGCGUAAAGCCAACGAGUCGAUUAAGAUUCUGAAUUCGGAGAUCAGUUCAAACUUCCGUGAAGCCAUACUGGUGAAGUCGCCCUACUGGGAUGUAACGUACAGCAACAUAUCGGAGGUUACCAUCCACGUCAACAGCUCGAUGAUCACACAGAAUGGCCACGGCAUACGCCAAUUUUCGAAGGAUUUACGUUCCUCUAAUAAUCUCUUUCACUAUGUAGUGCAAGACACCACGGUUGAGGACAAUGCUUUCGGUGGCUUCCAGGUCGCACUACCCUACGUCUGGCAAUACAAUGAGAAUUUCACGCACAGCGUCUACUUCGGCAACAGCACUUGGCAGCGUAAUCGAAACUUUUUCAUCGACGUCAGCGGGCACUAUACGGUCUUUAACAUAACCUCCAACGUUUUCCUCAGCAACCAGUGCCCGCGUAGUCUCAUUACACUGGACGGUAUGGAGAAGCGCAUCAAGUUCGAUUACAACCGCAUCGAGAGUAACAAUGCCAAGUUCAUUAUAGAGCUACGUGCGGACAGUUUGAGCGAAAUUUUAGGUGAAGUGCCAGCGCUCAUCGCCUACAAUACCAUCAAGGGCAACAGCAUCGACACCAUGGCGGGCAAUUUCCGUAUGGCACCAAUGCGUCACUUUCGACCACGCAAAAUACGUCCACAGAAUCGUCUACCCAGUGCGGUGGUGCGACUUGACGGCAUACAAAAUGUGAGACUUUAUCGUAACUUAAUCGCCGAAAACCAAAUGGACUACAAUCUCGUGGCAGGUGUACGCUCCGCUCGCAUAAAUAACUAUUUUUAUGCAACGGAAAAUUGGUGGGGCUCAAAGGACGCCACGUACAUUGAGUCGAAGAUAUUCGAUUUCGACACUUGGAACGAUCACGCCGAUGUGAUCUAUCAGCCCUUCCUCAUCGAGGAUAGUUUCGAUGCAAGCGUUUCGCUGAUCGAUAAACACGACGAGGUUAUAGACCUCAACAGCUGGGCGGGUGGGCGCGUUUACAAGGAUCUAACGCUGCAUAAACGACCCGAACCAUACCGCAUACUCGCCGAUAUCACUGUUAUGCCGGGCGCCACACUCAACAUACAACAUGGCGUGCAGCUCGAGUUCGAACCGAAUGUUGGCAUACUCGUACUGGGCACACUCAGCGCCAUCGGUUAUCGUGAGUCGGAAAUUGUUAUGCGCCCAUUCGUGAAUGCUUCUCACGAGUCGUAUGCCAUGCUCACGAAACGCGCUAUGGAAGAUCUAAGCCAGUCGCAAGCCUACGACUCAAUACGACUUUGCACGAGCGCACAGAACUGCACCACGAAUCCGCAACUCGCAUUUGGCGGCAUUAGCGCAGGUUUCCUGGAGUAUUUCAAUCAUACCACACUGCAGUGGGUGCCCAUCUGUGAUAGUCGUUUCACCGAGCGUAAUGCACAGGUGGUCUGUCGCGAGCUUGGCUUUGAUCCACUCAAUGUUUACUAUGGACAUGAUCGACGCAUAGAAUAUCACACCAACUCACUCACACGCAUCUGGACCUGGGUGCAACCGCUCGAGUGCCGCGGCGAUGAGUUGCGCAUGGAAGAUUGCGCCGAACGUCUCAACGGUCAAGUUUAUGGACGUCGUCACGAAUGUCGCUGGGAUGAUGUUUUCGUUUUCGUGAGCUGCAAUAGCGCGCCGGAGGAUCUGGUCUAUUGGGGUGGCAUACGCCUUACGAACGCAGACUUUGAGGAGAAUCAAUAUGGGCAUCGUUUCCAUGACAGUCUCUCACAUGGACCGAUAAACGAUCGACAAAGUCAUUUGGAGUAUGUGCGCAUUGAGAAUGCGGGCAUAUUGCAUAAUCAGAAAUCGCCAGCAAUACAAGCGAUACACAAGAAUCCGACCAUACGUUCUGUGACAAUUGCGAACUCAGCUCAUCAUGGCGUUAAUUACAUCGCGCCGAGUGGCACGUUGAACCUCAAUCUUCUCAACAUCAGUAACGCCUUUGGCGCAGGCAUCAAUAUACUCUCGCUGACGGGUGAAGGACGCGAGAGUGAUGAGUCGAGCUUUACACCUCUCAAAGAUCUGGAUAUUCCGUAUAAGCUCUUCUCACUCGUUGAUAUUUGUGAUCCGCAAAAAGUGCUCACCGUCGAAGAACGUCUUUUGGUCUACUAUAAGUAUGACAACAAUCCGGUGAACUGCGUCAAGAUCUUCACGUCGCUUUAUCGUGCGAAACCGAUCGGCUUCCGUUUGCUACAAUCGAACUUGUUCAAUCACUCGAAGGAGUAUGGACGCACCGAUAGAAUACGACUCUUCGAUGGCGACAUCUACAAUGUGACUUCGCGUUUCCUGGGCAAUAUCGAGUGGGAUAGUGAUAAUCAGCGGAAGUUCUUUAAGACCGAAAGCCCCACACUGAGUUUGCAGCUGAUUGCGAGCGGUGCACCAGAGUACCAUGGCUUUAUAGCGGAGAUUGUAACGGUACCCAUUUCGACUUUGGGGCAAUAUCGCGAUGCCCUACACAACAUCACCUACACACACAUCUCGGGUGCCGUGAAGGGCGCAGUUACGUACGCCUCUGCUGGUGAGGUUACGCCCACUCUCACGCUCACCUCUAAUCGCAUACAGGCUAACUGUCAUCAGCUUUAUGGCAACUUUUCCACCUGCAAGUCGGCGCUCACGGUGGAUGUGCAGAAUAUGCAUUCGCUUUACUUUAUGAACAACUUGAUCAUGGAUAAUCAGGGUGGUCUCAGCAUACGAGCCGAUUCACGUGGCUCUGCUACUUCGUUGCGCGGUUUCAUACAUCACAAUCUCUUCUUCCGCAAUCGCAAUCGUCCCGCUUUGUACGUGGAGGGUCGUCAGUCAUCGCCGUAUCAAGAGAUCGAGUUGUAUCGCAAUUACUUUGCUCAGAAUAGAGCUGGCUUCAAGGAUGUCAUCAAGCUGCGCCAAGUGGUGUCGAAUUUCAGCUAUAAUUUCGUGCAUAGCAAUACUGGUGGCCGUAUUGUGGAGAUCUCCGGUUUCGAGAAGGUCCGUUUGCCCAUCUAUCAGACGACGUCACAUAACGGGUUUUACAGCAACGUCGCCACCAACUGGAUGGGUCGGGCGACAAUUGUCGCUGGCACCGCGGGUCAACAGUACGUGGAUAAUAUAUUUGAGAAUCCCGAAAAUGAUUAUGAAAUGAUAACGGUGAAUAAUUCGAUUUUGAAUGUUGAUUAUGUGAUCAAUAGCACCAUUGAACUGUGGCGCUCAAAGAUCGACGCUAGACACAAUUAUUGGAGUUAUAACAAUACGAUAUCGGUACAAUCACGUAUACGUGAUAAGUCGGAUGAUCCACUCUUACUCGAAGUGCAGGCGGUACCAUUCCAAAUGAAUAAUCUCACCAUACUCGAUGGCAAAUGUCCGCCCGGUUGGUCGCUGGUUCUUGAUACGUGCUACAUAUAUGUAGGCGCACCACUGACGUUCCAUGAAGCACGCGCCUUCUGUCGCAGUGAGAAUUCGACGAUGCCUUUUAUACGCACAGACAGUACGACAUUUUGGAGAUAUUUGCAGGGACAAAUGCGACAUUUGAAAUACCCCGAAAAGGUGUGGAUACAGGAUUUCAAUCACAUCGAUCGCUGCACGAGCUUUGCUUUCACCACCACCGAAGUGGAGGAUUGUAACAGCGAAAUGGGUUUCAUUUGUGAAACGGAUCCAAGGGUCAUUAUCGAUCCACUCUCAUGGCGCGCCGACAUCUUCGCGAUCAGCAUUAUCUCCGCCUUCAUUUUGGCCAUUAUUCUAUUGAUUAUGGUCGCCUUUUGUUGGUAUGCCAAAUCGAAACAUCGUCACGUGCAACGUUUGGAACGACGAAAUAGUAUACGACAGAGCUUGAGGAGCUUGAAUAGCAUUGAUCCGCAGGGAUCGUUGCGACGACGAAACUUUAAUAUGUCCACAUCGACUGGUACGCUUAGCAAAGCGCAAGACUACAAAAUGAUGGGCAAUGGCUCCAUUGACUCGAUGGAUAAGAGUGUGCUCAGCUCUGAUGGUAGCUUUGAGACGUACGAGCAUCAAACUCCACAUCCGCCCGGUGAAUAUCAGAAACCGAACUACAAUGAAUAUGUGAGUCAACAUACGCUGAAGAGCAACACUAAUGGCGGCGCUGGCAAAUCGAAUGAAUCAUAUAAAAUUGCCACAAUCGGCUCAAUUUCGAAAGCGACCACGGCACGGGGUCGACACACUCGUCCGACAGACACUUUUGAACUCUCCUAUCGCAAUGAGGGCUUCCGUGACAACUCCACCUAUGCUAGUACCGUUAACAAUUCGGCAGCCAACAGCAUUGCCGAAGAUACGCCCAUCAUCCAUCAGACGGAUGUGGAAGACGCUAACUCAGAUUAUUAUGGCAAUGCAAGCACACUGCCGCUACAUAGUGGAGGCAACGAGAGUCUUUCGUUUCUGCAUGAACUAAAACAGAAUCUACCACCGCCUGCCUAUAACAAACCGAAAGGACAAAGUCACAGUAGUUUUCUACCUGGCGGUAGUAGGAGCGCGAAUGGUGGAUCUACACGUCCCACAAGUAGCUCACAACUCAGCACUGACUCACACUCCAGCACGCUGCCGUAUGAGCAGAAAAUCGAUAAUUUAAAUUUUACACCCAUCUCACAGAAGGCUGAGGAGAUGCCCCUGUAUCGGCAUGGUGCUGGCGCUGAUGGCUUGCCAACACCACCGCCCGAUAUGCGUCGCCCCGAUUCAUAUUACACAGCAGUGCGUAGUAGUAAAGCGCAGCCACAGUUGCAGCAGCGGAAGAUAGGAAUGCCGCAGCAGACCACGCGUGCAAUUGUCAAUACAAGGCAGCCAACGACGGCGACGGCAAAGCCGUUUACAGCGCAAAGCCACAAUCAGAAUGGCAAACGUCCAAAGACUCUUUAUCAAACUGCCAGUCCCGAGCCGACGACGUCGUAUCAUCGCUCGCGAUCGGAGGCGCUGCUAGAGACAGAUUUUGACGAUGAAUCGCCCAGUAUGGUGCCCCUUAGCACGAACAAUCGCAGCUAUAGCCAGCCUUUGGAGACGGCGAUGUAAGGCGCACAGCGAAGUUAUGAAGUUUAACGAAGUAUCAGUAGAUAAUUAAGUAGAUUAUGUAGCAAUAAAAGUAAUUGAUCAUCACAAACGCAACACAAACGAUAUGACUACAUACACAUUGCACCUCUUUUUUACCGUUAUAAUAAUUUACUCUAAGCAACGUAUUCAUAUUUAAUUUUAAAAGCGUUUAAACAAAAAACUAUUUUUUAUGACAUAAAUAUUAAGAUUUAGCUUUAUCGAUGUACGAUCAACGAUUUCAUAUGCCUUAAUGCUACCGUAGCUAGCCGAAUUAAUGUUUAAAAAUUUAGUUGUAAGGAAAUUAUGUAGAAAUAUAGAAACAAUAAAUAUAAAUAUAUCUACGCUUUU